UUCGUCUUCAUCAUCGUAAAAACCAAGAUGUCGGACGCAUGGGACGCAGAGGAUUUUGACGUUAAUGCAGGUUUUUCGUCGGGGACGAAUACCGCCGAUGCCUGGGCGGGAGAAGACGAAGAGGAAGUGAAGGAUAAUUGGGAAGAUGAGGAAGAGGAGAAGAAAGCAGAUGACUCUGCAUCUACACCAUCAGAAGCCAAAGCUUUUCAACGAAAGAAAAAGAAACUAGCUGAUAGAAUUGCAGAGAAACAAGCUGCUAAAUUAAAAGCACAGGAAGAGGAGCGAAGAGUUCUCACGCCGGAAGAGGAGCUGUCAGAAAAAUUACGACGGAGAAAACUGCAAGAGGAGUCUGACCUCAAACUGGCAAAGGAAGCCUUCGGUACAAGUGAUGUGACUGGUAUAGAUGCAAUGUACCCAGAAACAGAAGAGGAAUACAAAGAAUUUGAAGAGGCAUUGAAAAAUAAAAUUACGUACUUCGAUAAAUCCAAACAUUAUGUUUCCUUUAUAGAAAAGUUAUUUACAGAUAUAGUUCUCACUCUUGAUACAGAAGAUGUAAGAAAGGUGGGAAGCUGUAUAACAACUAUUUACCAAGAGAAACAGAAACAACAAAGAGAAUUAAAAAAGAAAGAAAAGAAGAAAAUCAAAGUUACGAUAAAGUCGGAGAGAGAAGGAGAUUUUGGAGAUCUAGCUGCCGCCUCAUCAGGGCAUUAUGAUGACAUCUAUGAUGAAGACUUUAUAUAACACCCAAUAUAUAUUCAUAAUGUGCUCAUAUUCUUGCUUGGCAACCAGUUUAAAAAGCCUUAUUUUUAUAAACUUAUUGGUCGUUUGCCAUCAAGAUGCAUUCGUACGGAAUGGCAGUGUGUAAAAACACUUAAGAACCGAUCCCUGGGACAUGAGCUACUGUUUGUAAACUGUGUAGUCCCUAGUUUACAAACACUAGACAGUGUACAUUGGAAUUCAUCAGAUAUAGCAUGCAGCAUAUGGGAGGUUUGGUUAGGUUCCAAGGAUUUAUUUCUUAAAAUCUCUCCACCGAGAUUUUCUGACAUCACUUGUUUUGCUUACAGGUUAGUUUUUUGGGUCAGUUUUGAUAUUCUUUAAUGUGAUCUUAUAUGUACGAAUGAAGAGAGUAUAAAUAUUCAGUAUAGAAUUUUCCUAGGUGCUUCAACUGUGAUGCAGUGCAGUUGAAAUAAAAAGCAAAAAAUCACCUGCUUAUGCCUUUAUGUGCAAGUGAAGAUUCAUAGCAAGUACGUACUUUCAUGAAAUAGGUUGUUCAUCAGCUUGUAUGUUUUAUUGUUUGUAUUCUUUCACAUCUGUACUUGAAAUGAGUUUUUUUUGUCCUGUUGAUUGUGAAUAUUUGUGAAAUCCUUGAUUUCUUUUCAUAUAGUAUUCGACCUCCCUGUGACCUUUACUGGAUGUGUAUUUACUAGUAAACAAUAUUUUAUAUUUAACAUAUUGGCUUUUAGAAUCAGAAUAAACAAAGGGCUUCUGAUUGAUGUGGUGGCCACAUUCAAAGUAUGAAGUGGAAUCCAUUGUAUCAGUAAACAUUGCCUUGGUUCAGAUACAUGGUCGCAUUUGGUUAAACCCUAAAUAAUUUUUCGAAGUGAUGCUAGAAAUGUUUACAAGUUAAUCUUAGAAAUGAUAAGGAUUAAUUUCAAAUUCUGUGAUAUAAAUCUGUUUGGAGGGGAUGCGACAAUUGUGUCGGUAGUAGAUGACUUAUGGAUUGGUGAAGAAAGUUCCAUACAUGUUGAUACAUUAUUUGGCUUUCAUGUCACUGAGCAAACUCUAGAAAAGUGACUACAUUGUAGAAACGGAAAAUAGCACUGUAUAAUGUUAUUCUGUCUUCUGUACAAGUUUUAGAAGCUGACUAUCUGGUAUGAAAAAAUUGCUGUUUGAAUUUAACUUCCUUGACUUCAUAACCUUAUUCAUGUUGACUAGGAAAAGCAUAAUGAAAUAUUUGAAGUGCUGAUUAAAAGUUAACUGUGCCAUAUUCAACAAUGUUAAUAGUUAGUAGUUGAUGUGGUACAUUUACAUAUAUUGGAUCACCUCCGUUUGUUUCUGUUAACUCUGCAUACAGAUUUUUUUUCUGUUUUCAUUCAUUUCGUAACUUACAAAUUUGAUACAAAUGGAUAGCUAUGUAGGAAUGGUACAAACUACUUUGGGUACAGUAGAUUUGAAAUUUUACAUUCAAUGGUUUAAGAGCUCUUUAUGCAUGCAAUGUUUUCCGAUGGUACUAUAAUGAAGGGAAAUCGUAUGUGCAGUAGCAUUAAACAAAUAUUCAAUCAUUGCAAUAACAUGUUCACAGAUUCAACAUUGUUAUGUUAUGGGAAACAUAAAAACAGUUUACUUUAUGCAGGUAAAACUUUUUGCGUUUCUUUGUGGUUUUUUUAUGCCUAAAUGUCACCUAACAUAUUCACAAUGCUUUCUUUUGAAUCAUAAUUUCAUGAAAGGCUUGAACCAACUUGUGUUUGUGUAAAACUGCUUCUGAUAAUAAUUAGACGGGUGAUUAUUUGAUUGGUCCCAUAGUUCUGGUCUUGUCUUUACUCUUUGUACAUAUAAUUUAAUUUGCAUGUAAUUUGCUCUUCGUACAUGUAAUUUGCUCCUUGUACAUGUAAUUUGCUGUACGGUUUACAAUAUCACAGACGUAACCAUCUCAUUUCAUCUGUAAAUUUGGACAUAUAUAUUAUCCAACAACCUCAAGUACGUUCAUUCAAAACACUGAAAUCAAUUCAUUAUUUUCAAGAAGAUUAAAUUCUCAAUUUCUAUAUUGUGGAAUAGCUUUAAGGGGAUUUCUUCUCAGGCUUAACUUCACAUGUGUUGGAAGUUUUUAUUUUUUUUAAAGUUAGAAACAUUGAAUUAAUUCUGAUUGUCCAGUGAUUAUUUCCUGAAUAUAACUUUUUGGGUGGAAUAAAAACAACAUUGAACCAGUAGCAUAUACACACAAUGUAAAAUGGCACAUUUUCCCCUAAUGGAUCAAGUUUAUUUACGUGAACUUACCAUGUCAAUCUUUUAAUUUAUUGUCUUGCAAAGGUGUCAUCCAGAGUGAUGUCCCUUACCCUGUUUACGUAUUUUAACUGGUCCUGUAGCACCCUAACAGCAUUCACUUUUUCUGACCAGCAGACAUAGAGGAUUGUGUUUCUCCCACAAAUUAUAAUAAUAUUAGAACAUCUGACUUGUGUAAAUUUUGUUCGAAAAUGUCUGAUUGAGAGAAUAAGAUUGCAACUUAUGUGUGAAGCUAAAUACACACAACACAUAAGCAAAAUAUCUUAAUUAAAAUUUAUUGAAAUCAUA